AAUAUCGCACACUGGUUCAUUUUCAAAAUGGCGUAAAAGCAGAUAAGAACUCAAAGAAUUUUGGAAACAUAUAUAAAAGUGUAUCAAUUUACAAUCAAAUUAUUUGUAAAUUUUAUGUGGAUAUUGACGUUUAAAGUGUGGGGGAACUAUAUAAAUUUGCAAAUAAACACAAAAACUAAAAUAUUAAAAUGCAUAUAAGGAAAGGAAUUGAAACGAGUAUUUAAAAAAAAUUGUGUACACAUCUGUAUGUAGAUAUAGUAAAUGCUUUUUAAUGAUACGAUUAUUAGGAGAAAAAUUGGAGGUGUCUCAGUGGAUUAUGAAUCAAGCUUCCAACACGUCUGGUACGACAAAUACGACUAUUACAUUGCUUGAUACUAACAGCGCCUCAUUUUCAAUGGGCGGCCGUAGUUCAAUUCAUAGUAAUGGUAGUAUCAGUAACAGCGAUCACACCGAUAUAUCCAGUGCUACUAUGCCAACUCAAACUUUACUUAAAAUAUUCAAUUACAAAGAUAAUAUAGAUAAUGAAUUUUCUAAUUUGACAUUAUGUGAGGAUAUUUGUUUGAGUAUAAGUCGCCAACUUAAAAUUUUGCCGACCACCCGGUUAUUGUUUGGAUUACGUGUUAUGGACUCUGGUAACGAAUGGGCUGCUCCCGGUCAUGAAUUAAGGCCUGGUGUACGGUACUGUUUUCGUAUGAGGUUUAAGGUGCCAAAUAUGGACACGCAGCUGAAAAAUCUAGACAAGCAGGCUUAUGAAUACUUAUACUGGCAGAUUCGACACGACAUCUUGCACGAAAAAAUUCCAGAAAUACGCCAUCCCGAACGAAAAGAUAAUGUCAUGGGCUUUGCUGUUAUGCAUAUGUGUAUUGAUUUACAAUCAAAAAGUUCAGAAGGCGAGCGAUUAGCUAGCAAUUAUAGGCGGGAAGUUAUAGAAAAUAUAGAAAAUAAGUACAAGGAGUAUUUACCACACACCUUAUUAAGAGAGCAUAGAUACUUUGUAAAAUCGAAAAUUCGUGCAACAUUUAAAAGUGUACGGGACAAAAAAAUUGGAUUCACCGAGUUUAAGUUUUAUUACAUUGAUGAAGUUUGUAAACUGGCGCCUAAUUAUUUGAUGGAAUUCUACUUUGUCGCAGUGGAAUAUAUUCCAAAUGAUGAUCCGAUUUCGGUGCAAGCAACUACAGGCAAAAUGGGUAAUAAUUCAGGAAUUCAAAGAGUUUAUGCGAAAUUAGACACUCAUGACCACCCAGAGCCAGGAUUAAAAAUUUCUCUUAAAAAAGACAACUGGACGUUAUUGGCAAAGCUGGAGGAUAUUUAUGCAAUUUAUAUCAAAAACGAAGUAGAGGCUUAUCUGGAAAUUAUUGAACUGCCAAGGAGCUAUUUUAUGCAAUUUAGUUCAAAAUAUGAACUAGAAUCGUUUGUUACAUACAUAGGAGGUUACUUAAGGCUAACUAGCAAAUGGUCUAAAGAUAUAUGCAACGAUUUUCCAACUCCGUCUUUAAAAUUUUUGAGAGAAACAAAAUGCCACGGUCCGAUUGGUGGAGCUUAUUCCUUUGACAAAUUGCGUAAGAUGUCGGAGAAACGGCCAACUUGCAUUAUAAGGCAGUGUGAAAAAGAGUAUGAUGUUUAUUUUGUCGAUAUAAAUACACAGAGGUCAGUGAAAGGUAGGUUUGCUGGAAACAUAGUAACCACCAAAAUAACAUUUCAAAACAAAAAAUGGAUUUUGCAUUCAACUGAGGGAUUGAAGGAAUAUGAAUCAUUGAAGGAUUUAAAGAAUUCAAUUUCGACUGAAAUGCUCUGCAUUCCGCAAUCCGAAUAUGAACAAGCACCACUUCUGCAUAUAUGUCUGCCAAAAAAUUUACAUCCAAAGGAGGCUGACACAGAACUAAGUAAAUCUGUACUUCAAAAAGGAAAAGUUCAAAUAUUUGAUAGGGGCAAUGACCUUCGUUGGUAUGAAAAUACACAACGUUCAGCUGAUAAUGGUAAGAUUAUCAUAAUGCAAGGAGAUUGGGUUCAGCAACCUGCCUAUAAGGAUGUGAAAGUGACGCUAAAGAUAUUUUCGGAAGAAAGUGACCUUAAGGAUUUCACAUCUCUGACACACUUCUGCAAUCAAAUUUAUUCUGCGCAAUUUCUUAAGCUGUACGGUGUGACAUUGACCCGACCCUAUACUAUGGCGAUGGAGUACGCGCAUUAUGGACCGCUUGAUAAAUUACUCCGAAAAAACAAAAAUAAAAUAUCUUUCUCUAUGCUUAUCGAUAUAGCAUUUGAUUUGGUCAGAGGAAUCGGAUAUCUGCGUGAAAAGAAAUUUUAUCAUGGCUCUAUAAGAUGUUCUAACAUGUUCGUAACUAAAUUCGAUGCAAAUAAUAACAAAAUUCAGACUAAAAUUGGUGAUCCUGGACUUCGCCGACCUUAUACCUACGAAGACCUUCCAUGGAUUCCCCAGGAAUACUAUAAUAAUCUCAAUGCUGUUCAUGGGGACAAUUGUGUAGAUGCAUGGGCCUUUGCAACCACUCUAUGGGAGAUAUUUGCAUAUGGCAAAUCACCGCUAGAGGAACUUGGUUGUGGCGGAAAUAUACACGAGAUGGGUGAAAAGCUACAAACGAAUCGAACACAAAGAUACGGUGGCAUAUUACCACAACCCAGCAAGGAUUGCCCAGACAAAAUUUAUCACAUCAUGCUAGACGGCUGGCAAACCGACGCUCACCGGAGAUUUGAUUGCGUAGAUAUCUUUGGAAUACUACAACAUUUCGAGAAAAGGCUACCGGUUUAUGAGUCAGAUAGUGAUUUUUACGACCACAAUGAAAAUAAUGAAGAUGACGAUGUGUCUUUGAAUUACUCUGAAGCGCCAUCAUCUCCACAAAAUCACAAUCGAUUUGACGAUGUUAUUAUGUCUGUUGUUAUACAACUCCCAAACGGAAAAGUGAUUGUAGAUAAACGUUUAGGUGAAGGUCAUUACGGCGUUGUGUAUUCAGGCACAAUAAACUGUAAAAAUAAGCCUAUCGAGAAAGUAGCAGUUAAAACUCUAAAAACGACUGCGAAUGUAAAAGAUUUCAUUCGUGAAAGUAAAAUAAUGACGGGCCUCGAACACGAAAAUGUUGUGAAAAUCAAAUGUUUUGUCGAGAAACCAAUUUUCUACAUUAUAAUGGAAUAUGUGUCUGGCGGUUCCUUUAAUGAUUUUCUUAUAGCUCAAAAGCAAGAUUUAACUAACAGAAUGCUUUUGCACUAUGCUCAUGACAUUGCUAAGGGUAUGAAUUAUUUAGCUGAAAAAAAGAUUAUACACAGAGAUUUGGCGACGCGAAACAUUUUAAUCGAGUCAGAUCGGUUAAAAAUAUCUGAUUUCGGUUUGGCGCAAUUUGCGAAUUCGGACGGAUAUUACAUUGUGCAAAGUAGGAGAGACAUCCCUAUAAAAUGGUAUUCGCCGGAAGCCAUACUUUAUAACAAAUUCUCCGUAUACACGGAUGUAUGGUCUUUUGGCGUAACUAUGUUUGAGACAUUUUCUCGUGGAGGAGAACCAAAUCUUAUAGACAACAGGGAGUUAAGUAAAGAUGAGUUUCUAUCCCAGUUACAAAGUGGAAAAAGGCUGAAAAAACCCGAAGGUUGUCCGCAAAUAGUUUACGACAAAUUAAUGAGAGAAUGCUGGAGAGAAGAACCAAGAAUGCGGCCAAACUUUGCUGAACUGCUUGUCAGUAUACGGUCAAUUAUGGAAGAACAAGGAGAAACCAUUUGAAAUGGCUAUUUUUCGUCAAUUUAAAUUUCACUUACCAUCGCUUUUUAAAAACAUGCUAUACCCACGACGAAAAUAUGUUUCAAAAGAAAAUUUAUCUGCACGUCAAUUUUGGAUCUGAUAUAAGUAUGCAAUAUUUUUAGUUUAACGUGUUUAGCUGUAUAUUUAAAAAAAUCGUACACAGUUGGUCCAAUACUUAUUAUAUUGAAAUGGUAUUAGCCAGGGAAUUAGGAGUACUACCAUAUACAUAUAUCGAACCUUGACCAGCCCAACAUCCAAUAUUUAAAAAAUUUAUUGAAAACAAAAAUUUAAUUUUUUUUAAAUGCAUUCGGCCUUCGGCAAAGAAUCUCAGCCCCUCCGGGUGUAUAUCUGGCAUACAGCUUCUCAAAAAAAUUCAUCAGCCAUUCUUAGGGGGCUUAGAAUAAACUCUAAAUUCAUCCAUUCAUUGAGAAAACCAUCGAUCUGAGUACCAUAAAUUGGAGAAGUAGCUCUAAGAAGAAUUACAGAAAGUUAUUAUAUAAUUGUUAGGAUUUAGGAUUUAUUUCUAAAGGCGCAGUUAAGUACAAGAGUUAAACAUCCGUUUUCAAUUCCGUAAAUCCAUUUUUAUUUGGAGAGAUACAAAUAACUUAAACCCUGCUAUUUAUUAAAAAAAUGGUAUGGUAUGUUAAUGCUUAAUAAUUUAAUGAACGAAUCAUAGUGGACUUAUUAUAUUUAUAUCAAACAAUAUGUACAUACAUACAUGUAUUAAUGAUCUAUUGCAUUUUCAAAGAAAAAAUAAGUAGCAACAUAAAUUCAGUUUGUCCAAUGCUGAUACGCUCUUGUUAUGUAAAAUUAAAAGAUUAUAUUGGGCCUUCUACAUAUUCCAAAUGUAAUUAAUAUUACUUGGAUAAAUCAGUUUGAGUACUUAGAGGAUUUCAUUCUCUCAUGAAAUUCAAAUCAUAAAUAAUAAGUUUUGACGCCCCAAAACGUGCUAAGCGUGAUAUUAGAAUUCAUAUAAUUAUUAGCAUUUGCUUAUCAUAUUUUUGUGAAAUUUGUAUUCUGUUAUAUGGGUGUGCGACAUCGAUACGUACAUAUAUUCUCUUAUUUGUACCUUUCUCCCAAACUCUUCAUGCAUUAAUCAGUCAGUGUGAAAUAGGCCAUAUAGAAAAUAUGUUUUUUUUUCCUUUUCAUACUUUUAACUGAGAAAUCUCAUCUUUAUACAUCUGCAGUAUAUUUUCCGGUAUUUUUAGGGAAUACCCCUACUUCGGCGUAGCCGAACAUGUAUAUUUGUGUACUGUUAAUUGUAACUUUUUAGAUAGUUAUUUAGGCUAACUACAAUGUGUGUUAUGUAAUUAUUUAUUAUGUUGAGUUUUGUAUUGUAGUAAAAACUUGCAAUGUUGUGUCUUAUUUCUUUAGACUUUGUUCUUUUUACACACGUGUACAUAAAUAUUUAAGAAAAAUUAAUCAGAGAACUUAUAACUCAUACAUAAUUAUAAUUAUUAUAUACCUAUUUUUAAGGACGCCAUAUCUAAGCUUUUGUGAAUUUUACUUCAAAUAAAAUGAAAAUUUUUAAGAACCAAA